UCUCAACUCCCUGGCUCCGGGUCGUCAGCAGCCGUUUGCAAGGGGCCCAAUUCCUGCACUUUUCCCCCAGAAGCUUUUCAAGAUGUCGGUUCGACGACAAAUUGAUAGGCUGCCCAACGUCGUCAACGACGUGCUAGUCACCACAGCCAAGGCCUUCAAGGCUGCUAGGCGAGAUGGCAAGGCGAACCCCGCUGCCGCGGCGGCGGCGAUAGAGUCGCGCAUUCCAGAUGCGGUCGAGAGGUUCAAUGCCAUCCUGGACGAUGUGGAGAGUGACAUUCUGCUGGCCAAAGCAGUGCUCGAGCGAGACCUCAAGGUUGUUAGGGCGAAACGCCAACAGCCACCACCAGGGCAGAAGGCCGUGGCUCCCCCAGCGCCAAUGGCUGUUGACCUGGAGUCUCCGAAGAUGGCGGCAAAGGAACCUGUCACAGGUUUGCCAGGGCCGCCUCCAUCUGGGACUCCGACAAGCGGAGGCCAGGCCAACAAGCCGGUCGCCCCGUUUCCAAACAUGGGCUUUGAGAGCACGACACCCGAAGCGGCGGGUGUCCCCAGCCCAAAGGCUGUCCCUCAACCGAACAUUUCUAAAAAUUUGGUUCGACCCGGCGGCACCGCACUCGCUGCUGCCGCGGCUGCCAGACCGGCUAGCGCUCCACCGAAGAAGGACGUCAAAGUGUCGCCACCUCAGACGAACCGGCCAGGCGGCGUAGCGACGGCCCCUCAGACUCCUCUUAAUCCCUCAGCACAACAGGUUAAACCGUCGUCCACGCCUGUUGGGCCGAACAGACAAACCCCCAAUUUGACUCCAGGCAACGCUGGAGGCGUGGCUGCCCCGGUGUCAGCUGCCCCAGUGUCAGCUGCCCCAGCGCUAACUGCCCCAGCAUCGACUGCCCCGGCGUCAAGUGCUCCGGCGCCAACUACUCCGGUGCCAACUGCCCCGGCGCCAACUGCCUCGGCGGCCGGAAACGGCAGUCUGUUCACGGACAUGACUUUUUCGGUAGCACCUCCCUUGAAUGACUCGCAACCCCAAAAACCAGCCCCGCAACCGCAAAGGAGGGAAUCACAGCAGCAAUCGGCCCCACCACGGACGGAUGAUGCUAACGCUGGAGCCGAGAGUGUUCCCGCACCGAAGGCGGAGCAGUCCACAGGAGCCCCCGCGGAUGUGGCCAGCACAGACGCUGGGGUUCGGGACGCCAAGAACGCGGAAGACAACAGCAUGGCCAACAUCGAUGACAGUAUCGACGGGCUCUUUGACCUGGGUCCUGGUGGAAUGGACAGCAUGGAUAUGGAAUACGACCUUAGCAAUGGAGACAACAGCAACUUUAACGACAUGUAUUUCGGCACGGGAGAUAACAGUGGCGGUAGCGGCGAAUUCGAUGAUGCCUUCUUCAAUCUCAACGGGUAAUCUAAGGAGACGGACAAUUUGGGGCAGCGGAGUUCCGGAACAUGUAGGGAAAGUUUUUUUUUUUUUUUUUUUUUUCACUUAGAUACCAAGGCUGGCGUCGAGGCGAUUGAAUUCCGACAUUUGUUCGGCGUAUUUCGGUCGAAGUUGGCAGUGGCUUCUCUUCCAUACCUCUCUCUC